ACGGUACAACAUGGACGCUACAUCCAUGAGCUGCCUGUGAAGCUCGUUGGGGUACCUCGGUGUUUUUCUGGGCUGUGUUACAUUAGGAUUCACAAUGAUAACGCCUGCGUUUGACCUGAGCCAAGAUCCCGAGUACCUGAUGCUCAACAUCCGUGUGCCCUACACCAGAACAUCAGAGUUUGACAUCUACAUUGAUGGAACAGAUUUCAAGUUCUAUGCCAAACCCUACUUUCUCAGAUUAUCUCUUCCUGGAAGAAUAGUGGAGGAUGGGAGAGAAAAGGCCAAAUUUGACAUUGAUAAAGGUCUCUUCACCCUCCGGGUCCCUAAAGAAACCACUGGAGAGCACUUUGAAGGGCUUCAGAUGCUGACAAGCCUCCUCGCCCCAAAAGGCUCCCGUUCAGCACAACCACUGGUAGAGGACUUAAGCACAGAAGGAUGCGGGGAAAGUGAGGGAGAUGAUGAAGACGAAGAUGAGGAAGAAUUCGACUGGCAGGUUGAGCAGGAGGUGUACAAGGAGAGCUCUGAGGAGGAGCUGAAAGCCCUGCAGAAAUAUGGCUUCGGCAAUCAGAGGUCUGGAGUGUUUGUGAGAUUACAGGAGGAACUGAGUGAUGUGGCCGAUGUCAAGAACCCAGACGGAACAACGGCGGCAGAGAGGAGGCAGGCACGGCUGGAGGCAGAGGCAUCUGCCUUUUCUGCUGACCAUUACCUGGCUGAUUUGUUUGAGGAUGAUGAGAUAAAGGGGCUGCUGAAUUUUAGGCCAUGGUGGACGAAGCUGAGUCCCUCCACAGAGCAGGAGGAGGAAGCCGCUGUAUCAUUCACCGACGACGAGAAGGAGCAGCUGAGAAAAUUCACCAACCGCUCCUACCUGCUAGACAAGACGUCUCGUUACCAAGUGUGGCUCAGCCUUGUGGACAUCCUGCUGGCUCAUUCCUAUGAAGUGCGCUCUACAGAGGGGGAGCACAAUGUAGAGUCACCGUGGACUAUCAGAAAGCUCAGCGGGACUCUCUGCUGGCUGGAGACGUACAGCUCUGUGCAAGACGUUCUGGUGUCAUUUGGACGGAGGGUUUUGUGCUACCCCCUCUACAGACACUUUGCCAUGGUCUCUGCGGCUGUUCGUGACACAGCUAAGAUUUUGCAGUCAGGGAAAGCCUGCGUCCUCAAAUGCCUGCUGGAUAUUCACAAAGUCUUCAGAGAGAACGACCCGGCCUACAUACUGAACGAUCUGUACAUCACAGAUUACUGCAUCUGGAUCCAGAGAGUAAAGUCGAGGAAGAUGGCAGCCUUAGGCGCGACGUUGCAAAAAGCCUCCCUGCGGAAAAAAGACUUGGAGCUGGAACUUGAGGAGCUAGAGGAGGCAGCCACAAUGGUGGCAGAGGAAGAAGAAGAAGAAGAAGAAGAGGAGCAGGGAGCUUCCAAUAGCGCUCCGAUAUCACAUGGUGACAGCAGCAGCAGCAGCAGCAGCAGCAGCAGCGACUCGUCUGAUGAGAGCGAGGAAUCUGAGGCUGAAGGGCAAGGCUGCACCGAAUCCAACGAGGGAGGAGGAGGAGGAGGAGGAGAGAUGUGUAAGGACAACCCUCUAGAGCUACAACCCACCUCUCCCAUCACCCAGGAGCCCACCAGCACACUCUUCUCAGAGGAGAGGAAAGUGGACACCCUCCCCUCAGCCUCAGCAGGCUCCAGACAGCUGAUCCAGGAGCUGGGGGAGCGGGUGGCAGAGGAGCUGAAAAUCUCCCAAGACUCCAGCUACGGAGCGGAGAGGGACUGUUCCCAGCCGAGCAGAGCUGCAGCAAAAACUGAAGUAACAUCUGGGAGGAACAGCAGUGGGACUCUGUUAGAGCUGAGCCCUCGCAGAAACCCUCUGCUCAUCGUCCAAACGCAGGAAUGAUGAUGACGAUGAGAGAGACUUUAUCUGCUGACAGAGAAUGUUGUGGAACCUGAAAGACACUUUUUGAACUGUUAACUCUGUGUAAGUGAUGGAAGAAAAUGGGUUUGACUAUUUGGUUUUAAUAAUUUAAUUUAUUUUUAAUUUGAUGCCUCUUCUUUUUGUAAUACCAAGCUAUGAGUUGUGUGCUUUAACCCUUCUCUAAACGACCUCAUUUCAUACAAAGAAUGAUAUUUUGUAAAUGUAUAAACCUGCUAAGCCUCAUUAAAAUCCUUAUUUCGUA